CUUGCGUUGAGAGUCAAAAUGAAACUUAAAAAAGUAGGCUUCUUGUCUGCUGCUCGUCGAUUUAGAACUAAACUAUUUUUGGGAAUCUUUUCGCUAUUUCUGGUAACAGCAGCGGGAACCGAUUUGCAAUCAUACGAUGGUGGUCUGCUGUGGGUGUUAGUACACGAUGAAUCUGCUGCUGCUGGGUGUACACCAAUUUGGAAGGAUUCCAAUUAUGAUACCUGGGUUUUAAUAACGUGCUCUAUCAGUCAAUAUGGUGCAAGUGAAUUGUAUCUUAAUCCAACGGAUCCCAAUACACCAAUUUACUUUAUGGUGGUUAAACUUCAUGAAGACACCUACCGCAUUAUUGGAGAACAUCGAAAACUGAUUCAGUUAUACAGGAAAAUUGCAAAGAUGAAAAAUUAUUCGCUACAACAACUCAUAAACUUAUCCGAAUCUGAACUACAUGCAGAGUUAAAGUCCCAUGGUUAUGUACGGCCUCUUCCACCCGAGAUUUAUUGCAACCCUGACUCUGCGUAUCGUAUGAUAGAUGGCACGUGUAACAGCCUUCAACAUAUCUGCUGGGGCGCUACUAACAUAGGAUUGAAACGACUAAUUCCACCGGAUUAUGCUGACG